UCGAUCUGUGAGUGAAGCAGAAAUGCUAGGUACUUCCCGGGGCAUGGAGGUGCCCUGCCACUGCUGCAAAUCGAGCUGGAACCUCUGAUAUGAAGGGUGAGAGGCUGUUCUCUGAAAGUUCGCACCUUAUGCGCUGGCGCUGCACGUUUUCAACUCCAAAUUUCACACCUGCCAAACAAUUCGUGACAUCACACCGACCAAGAGCCUUCUCUCUGCACCUCACAGAUGUCGCAACUGAGCAUGUCAUGCCCGACUGGCGGGACUUUCUACGCUUGCAACAGUGGGACUCGGUUUGUGGGAUGCUGUGCCAGUAACCCGUGUGGCUCAAACGGCUGUCCGGCAGGCAACUUGAAGCCUGCCAGCUUUCCUGCAGCUCAAUAUGGCUCCAUGACGGAUCAACAGUGUGAAGCAGGCGAAUUCUAUACCUGCGCCGCGACCAGUCCUCCGUUCUGGGGAUGUUGCAAGACCAAUCCGUGCAACGCUGGAUCAUGCGGUUCGACCUUCUUGAGUGCUGCAUUUCUGUCGAACAAUCCAGCGAGCGCAGCGCCUUAUCUGGCACUCUAUGGUAAUACGAACGCGGGAGGCGUCGCUUCUUCCGCAAGCUCCUCGAGUGCUUCUACUUCAGAUGCUCCGACUUCGAGUGCGAGUUCGAAUUCGAAUGGCUCUGCCGGUCCCAGCUCGAACAAUGCCGGUGCCAUUGCUGGCGGUAUCGUCGGAGGUCUUGCAGUUCUCGCCAUCCUCAUACUCGGGAUCAUAAUCCUUCUGCGACGGCGGAAACAGAAUACUAGCCACGAGAACGAGAACCUGGUUACCAAUCCCAGGACUUCGGAUCAAGAUCUUCGACCAUAUAAAGACAAUUCUCCCAACCUCAACAAAUCUGCACCGCAUGCUCACCAAUACUAUCCAUAUACACCGUAUGGAGCAAAUUAUCCAUCCCCAUCACCACCUCCGAUGUAUGGUUUCUCGCAAGCGCCGCCGCAGCCGCCAGCGAACAUCGCUUACGAAUUGGCUGACCGAGAGGUCUCGGAACUGCACGGGGAAACGUACAGAGGGAAACCAUCAAGAUCGAUUUGAUAUCGUUCGAAUGCACAUCGGCGUCGUAAUAUCCUUCUCUCAAUCUCUCUCCCCCUCCAACAAUCGCUUGGCGCCACGUCCCAUAACAAACAUCAAACGUGCAUCAAGUGCUUCAACUUGCUUGAA